ACUUUUCGUUGAUCAGUUGUUAGUGGUUUCCGACACAAGCAACAUGUUCGUUGUUAGUUUUUUCCCGAUCGUUCUGUUUGCAAUUCUAAACCACGUUGAUUCCGCGACAACAAACAGAAGAUUAUUACAAUGGGCAAUUGAUGACAGAGGUUGUAGAACACCAGAUGGAUACACCGGGGAUUGUAUACCAAUCAAUGAUUGUCAGCCAAUGGUCGAUUUAUUAUCAAAACAUCCUUUAAAUGAAACCUACCGAAUUCAUUUCAAGAAGUAUUAUUGUUCCUUUAAAAAUUCGGUUUUAUCAGUUUGUUGUCCAUCAGAAUUAAGAAUAAAUUUUGAAUGGCUUUAUGAUGAACCUUCGACAUGUACCACCCCAGAGAAAGAACAAGGAUCUUGUAUACCAAUUUUACAAUGUAAACCAAUGACCGAUUUUCUUGAAAGAUCCGGAACGUUAGAUGCAGCCACGAAAGAUGUUUUACGACAAUACACUUGUAGAUACGACGGAGUUGGUAUUCAAAACAUCAUUGUUUGUUGUCCAAAAAAUCCUAUCAGAUUAUCAGGGCCAGGGCCAGCGACAAAAAAUGACGACGUUGACAAAUCUAUUUUACUUCCUACAGAAUGCGGUUUAUCAAACAGUCUCGAUAGAAUUACAAACGGUCAAAAAGCCGAUAUUUAUGAAUUUCCUUGGUCGGUUGCUUUAAAAUAUGACACCGGAAAACCAAUACCGUUUCAUUGUGGUGGAAGUUUAAUCAACAAUAGAUAUGUAUUAACAGCAGCUCAUUGUAUUAGAACUUUAAAAUUAACUGGGGUCCGUUUAGGUGAAUAUGAUUUUAACACCAACCCCGAUUGCAUAGUAGAUCGAAAUAAAACAAAGUGUGCUCCACAACACGUAGAUUUUGAUGUUAGCGAAAAAGAUGCGAUUGUUCAUUCGGGAUACUCAAAACAAGGAAUUCAAAAUGACAUUGCUUUAAUAAGAUUGCCUAGAGAAAUUAAAUUUACUGACGCGAUUGGUCCAGUUUGUUUACCAUCAAAAGAAAACUUAAUGAAAAAAGAUUCUGAUUACCGAAACCUCACUGUUAUUGGGUGGGGAACCACAGAGUUGCGACAACCAAGCACCGUCUUAUUGAAAGUUACCGUACCAUACGUAAAUCAAGCAGAUUGUCAAGGCGUUUUUAAAACUCAAGUAACUAUAUCGAAUAGACAAAUUUGUGCAGGUGGAAGAGAUGGUAAAGAUUCGUGUUCUGGCGAUAGCGGAGGUCCUAUAAUGUACUCAGUGGUUGAUGAUGGUAUAAUUAGAUGGGUUCAAGCAGGUUUGGUUUCGUUUGGUACUAAAGUAUGUGGUACAGAAAAGGUUCCAGCUGUUUACACAAAAAUAUCAUCGUAUAUGGACUGGAUUUUGAGCAACAUACAACCUGCUUUUAUAACUGGUUUUUGUACGCUACAGUCGAUGUGCAGCCUUUGCUGGCGAACAGUUCGCAAAUUAAACAUUGAAAUUCUUAUCCACUAUAUAAAUACUAAUUCAAAUAUUGAUAAUCCAGUGCGAGGUGUCAUGAAGUCUAUAACUACAUCAUUAACGCUGUUGUUAUGUUUUAUAUCAUUUUCUAAGUCACUAGGCUCUAACUGUAUUACUCCUUCCUACACUUCCGGACGAUGCAUUAACAUUUACCAAUGUCAGCCGAUAAUGAAUGUUUUGAAUAGCGGAGGUUUAACCAAUCAAUUCAAAGAGGAAUUGAAAAAAUACUAUUGCGGAUUUGAUACGAAUCCAAAAGUAUGUUGCCCAAACUACGAGAUUACUCCUCAAGCUGAUCCUAAUGAUAAUGGAAGUUUAUUACCAACAGAUGGCUGCGGUGAAGCUGAAGCACUUAGCAGAAUAACUAAUGGUGAUAAAGCUGAUUUAUUGGAAUUUCCAUGGCAAGUUGCUCUAAAAUACGUCUCGAAAAAAGCUAUUCCAUAUAGUUGUGGAGCAUCGUUGAUUAAUAAAAGAUAUGUUUUAACGGCAGCUCAUUGUAUAACACCAAAUCUCAUCGGUGUACGUUUGGGAGAAUACGACUUUUUAACCCCAGUUGAUUGCGUUACAAUAAGAGGAGUUACGACGUGUGCUCCUCCACAUCAAGAUUUUGAUGUCACCAAAGCGGACGCUACAAUUCAUCCAAGCUACCAAAUUGCAACAUUGGGUUUCGAUAUAGCGUUGAUUCGUUUGCGAAAAGAUGCUGUAUUUAAUAAGGCGGUUAAACCUGUUUGUUUACCUAUAACCGAAAGUCUUACACCUAAAUCACUAAAAAAUCUUCUUGUUGUUGGUUGGGGACGUACCGAAUAUGGUAGACCCAGUUCGGUACUUCUUAAAGCAGCAGUUCCGUAUGAAGAAAAUAAUGUCUGUAUAAAACAAGUACCUGUUACAAUUUUUGAUUCACAACUUUGUACUAGUGUACAAGACGGUAAAGAUUCUUGUAAUGGAGAUAGUGGUGGUCCUAUUAUGACAGCGGUAAAUGUUAAUGGUGUCAUCAAAACCGUUCAAGUUGGAUUGGUUUCAUAUGGACCAGCACGAUGCGGACAAUUUUAUCCAGGUAUAUACACAAGACUGUCAUCAUACACUAAAUGGAUUAUGGAUAAUGUAAAACCAUAAAAUGGAAAGAUUACAAUAUUUACUUUUA